AAAGAAAAUUAAAAAAAAAUGAAAAGAACCGUCGACGAUAGAGUAGGUUCCUUGCUCUGCGAGCCUGUGGACAACAGACAGAAGGGGUUCCUAGUGUUCGGAACGUAGAGAAUUGACAAAGAAGAGACCCGUCUCUCAGUUUUCAGGUGUGGGAUAGAUGGCGUGGCUCUUGAUUAUCAUAUCAGUUGUUUUAGUUUGGGUAGCUUCUCUAUGUAAAACUCGCCAAGCAUCAUUCUCGCCAUCCAAGACUGUAUUCUUGAAUAAUGGAGAGGCUCUUCAAAAGAGAAAUGUCUUGCUGGUUAUUGCCCAUCCUGAUGAUGAGUCUAUGUUCUUUUCUCCAACAAUAACUUUCCUGAAUUCAAGGGGGCAUAAUCUUCAUUUAUUAUGCAUGUCAACUGGCAAUGCAGAUGGCAUGGGAAAUAUUAGAAAAGAAGAGCUCUACCAGGCUAGUGCAAUUCUGAAGGUUCCACUUCAACAAGUGAAGAUCCUGGACCACCCAGAUUUCCAGGAUGGUUUUGGGAAAGUGUGGAAUCAUGCUUUACUGGCAAAGAUCAUUGAAGAGGAAGUUAUUUCUCAUGCCAUUGACACAAUAAUUACUUUCGAUGAUUAUGGUGUUUCAGGCCAUUGCAAUCAUAUUGACGUGCAUCGAGGGUUAUGCAGGAUGCUCUUACAUGAUACUUCAGAGAGAAAUAUUGAAGCAUGGGAACUUGUCAGUACAAACAUAUUACGCAAGUAUAGUGGACCAAUUGAUAUCUGGUUGUCCAUCUUAUCUUCCAUGCGUUACCCAAGUGAAAAUAUGCAUUGCUUGCUUAACGAGAAUCCUCAUAAAAGCUUUCUAGCAAUGGCCCAACACCGGAGCCAAUGGGUUUGGUUCCGGAAGCUUUUUGUAUCAUUUUCCAGUUAUACUUACGUGAACAGGCUUAGAAAGAUCAAAGCUCACAAUCCGGUGUUAUGAGAGCUUGAAGACCACAAUUUGUCCACCUACUGGUCACAUCAAAUAACUUGCAAGCAAACAAGGUAUUACACAUAUCCUGACUGCAUUGUAUUUUUGCAGCAAAAAGCUUUUUCCCACUGGAUUGCUACUUGCUUGGGAUUUGUAUAGGGAUCAAGUGCAGGACUAACACAAGGCGUUGAAGAGUAGUAGGAUAGCAAGUAGUUCUUGUUGAUGUGAUUGAAUUUUAUGUUUGAAUAGUUGUAUUUUAUAAACAUUUUUAUUCAAAAUAA